AUGGCCACCGACGCUCUGUCAGCCGCCAAACUGGCCAUCUACCUCGUCCUCAUCCAACCCGCACUUUUCUGUCUGUGGAAACAUGGGAGAACUGGAUUCCUGGGCUGGUUCUUUGUUCAGAUCUUCUGUGUCCUCCGCAUCGCUACCGGCGGCAUUGGCCUUCACGGAAACCCAAAAGAUGAGGCCGCUCUGAUCCUCAGUAGCAUUGGUCUUUCUCCUUUACUUCUAGGCAUCUCAGGCAUCCUAUACGAGGGUCGCCGCGCUGUGAAUCCUCGCCUCGAUCGAAAACGAGACAUUAUCCUCGAACUCGGCUAUCACACCAUCGUCAACCUCGGGAUGGUACUCAUCGUAGUCGCUAUUGUCAAGAUCAUGAAGGGCGAUGUGGAGCCGAAAUACAAGUCUCUACUCUACGUCGGCCUGGCAGUCUCGUGCGUCUCCUGGGGAAUCCUCACGCUCUGGGCAGUGUGGUCGUAUCUCAUGGCCCGCGAGAAUUCUUCGUACGCCAGCAUGCAGACUGUCGAUAACGGCAAGAUCUUGAUCAAGGGUGCUUUCGUCGCCCUCCCGUUUGUCGCAAUCCGCCUUGCGUACGGUGUCGUGUCCCUGCACCUGCAAGUGACGCACCCCGGUUCCGGAUUCCUCACAUCUGAGGCUGUUCAGGUCUGCCUCAGCUUCCUACCGGAACUGAUUUGCAUCUCCAUUCUUGUUUUCGUCGGUGUCAUCACUCGCUCGUUGAGGCCGGACUUGAAGAAGAGGGAGCAGGAGGCGAUCGGACUUGUCUCUGACCAGGAAAAUGUGCUACAACAACAAACAGAGUAUAAGUGA